GCUCCAAACACAGGGGAAGCUGGGAGCCUGCUCCUCAGGCCACGACCCCCAGAGUCCAUGGAGUUCACCGCCCCAGCUCAGCUUGGCCCCAGCAGCCCUGAGAGAAACCCAGCUUCCCUCAGGACAGCCACGGGGCUCCUCCUCCUGCUGCUGGCCUCCUGUGCGUCCUCCACUCACCACAACCUCAAAGAGGAGUACACCAGCGUCUCCAAGUUCAACUUCUCGCCGCCCCUGCGCAUCUCAGAGGAGCGCAACCUGCUGGUGCUGACCUCUGCUGGUCUGACCCUGAUGCUGAACCAGACCCGCUUCCUCAUGGUGCUCUUCCACAACCCAUCCUCAAAGCAAUCCAGGAAUUUGGCUGAGGAGCUGGGUAAAGCUGUGGAGAUCAUCGGCAAGGGCAAGAAUGGACUUGGCUUCGGCAAAGUGGACAUCACUGUGGAGAAGGAGCUUCAACAGGAGUUUGGCGUGAAGAAGGCCCCGGAGUUGAAGCUGUUUUUUGAGGGCAAUAGGUCAGAGCCCACCAGCUGCAAAGGAGUGGUGGAGUCUACAGCCUUGGUUGUUUGGCUGAGAAGACAAAUUAGCCAGAGGGCAUUUUUGUUCAACACCAGCAGUGAUCUGGCAGAUUUCGUGUCAAUCAGACCCUUGGUCAUCGUUGGAUUUUUCCAGGACUUGGAAGAAGAUGUAGCAGAAUUGUUCUUUGAUACGAUCAAAGACUUCCCAGAGCUGGUAUUUGGAGUGAUGGAGAUCAAAAACACCCGUGGACGUUUCAGUGUCAUCCUGGACAGUGUCCUGGUGUUCAAAAAGGGAAGAAUCGCGAAACGCCAAGAGCUCAUUAAUGACAGUAACAACAAACAGGACCUCCAACAGAUCAUAAAAGAGCACCUUACAGAUUUUGUGAUUGAAUACAACACUGAGAGCAAGGAUCUGAUUUACGAAAUGCGCGUCUUCAGUCACAUGCUGCUCUUCAUCUCCAAAACCUCCGAGGCAUACGGUGUCAUAAUCCAGCAUUAUAAAAUGGCAUCGAAGGAGUUCCAGAACAAGAUCCUUUUCAUCCUUGUGGACACAGACCAACCGAAAAACAAGCGUGUCUUUGAGUACUUCCGGGUCUCGGAGUUCAAUAUACCAUGUGUCCAAAUCCUAAACUUGAGUUCGGAUGCCAGAUACAAAAUGCCUUCAGAUGAGAUAACCUAUGAAAACCUCAGGAGAUUUGGCCGCAGCUUCCUAAGUAACGCUGCCAAGAAACAUCAGUCCAGCGAAGAGAUUCCAGAUUAUUGGGAUCAGGGUCCAGUUAAGAAGCUUGUGGGGAAGAACUUCAAUGUGGUCGUCUUUGACAAAGAAAGGGACGUUUUUGUGAUGUUCUAUGCACCGUGGUCUGAGAAGUGCCAGGUACUCUUCCCAGUGCUGGAGGAGCUGGGCAGAAAGUAUCAAAACCACUCCACGGUCACCAUCGCCAUGAUCAACAUCAUGGCAAAUGACAUCCAGCUGACUCCAUUGGACCGGUACCCAUUCUUCAGACUUUUCCCCACCGACUCUCAACAGGCUGUGGUGUAUAAGGGUGAACACACCGUGAAGGGUUUCUCUGACUUUCUGGAAAGCCAUAUCAAGGUUAGGAUUGAGGAUGAGGAUGAGCUAUUAUCCAUUGAACAAAAUGAAGUGAUAGAAGAGGAGGUAUUAGCUGAAGGAAAAGAAGUACCUUCUAUGGAGAAAGAAUUACCUGAGGUGCAGGUGCCAGAGCAGGAGAACGUGACCACGCUGGAAGAGCCAGUAGGGCAGGAGAUACCAGCUAAGAAAGAGGAGGUAGUCACAAAGCCAAAAGGAUCUCCAAGACCAGAGAAGAAACCAAAACUCAAGGAUGAACUUUAGGGUUUCCAAAACCAGGAGGAAGGGGCCCAUGUUUCAGGUCCUGGCAUCAUUUCUGAGUGGAUCUACUCCCAGUAAUAUAUCAUUAUGAUGGUGUAU